GUGGAAGAAAGCAGCGAGGCGAAACGAGCGGCUGCCGCCCCACGGUAUUAAACGACUUCGCACGAACCGUGCGUUUGUGGGCCUCUCACUCCACGAGACCGCCAACGCGGCCUGAUGCCGCCGCCUUCCUCCUCCUCCUCGUUCACCGCGGCGGUGGCGGCUCCCGCACUAUGUGCCCGCCGCCAAGCGCGCCGCUUCUUCUCCUCGGACUCUCGGCUCCGUCCACGAACCGAUCGACGCCGGGGCCAGUGGCCUCUCGCCCUCGCCUUCACGGCGCAGGGCCCCUGCUGCCUCUACGUGGGCCCCGUCGAGACGGCCAGUAAGGAGAUGCUCGAAGCCCUCUAUCAGCAGGCAAGGGAUUCGUAUUAUAGUGGUAAUCCUUUGAUUGUUGAUGACAUGUUCGAUAAAGUUGAGUUGAAGCUGCGGUUGUAUGGAUCAAAGUCUGUUGUUAAGUAUCCUCGGUGCAGCCUAAGACAACAUUCAACCUAUUCAGAUGCUGAGGAAGAUCCUUCACAAGCUUUUGCUCUAGCAAGUGUAUGGAUGUUGCUGCUUGCAUUUGGGACAUCUGCAAUUCUUGUGCCUACCAUCUAUAGCCUCAGUCUGGCUCUCAGUGAUAUUUUCAACUUGAGAUAUUUCUUUUAUGGUGGUAGAUCACCAUUUGAAUUGUUUAUGAUGGUCAAUGGCUUUCUGAUCAUGGGACUCGGUUGUCUGAUUGGUUAUCCUAUUGCAUCUGCUUCUGUCCAAGCACUGCAAGGCCUUUGGAGGAAAGAAUUGGUAGCGCUAAAAGGUUCAUGCCCAAACUGUGGGGAGGAGGUCUUUGCUUUUGUCAAAUCCAAAACUUCAUAUAGACAUCCUCAUCGUGCAGAAUGCCACGUGUGCGAGUGCACCUUGGAGUUUAGAACAAAGGUGGAGGAAACCUUCUCGACACCGGGCAGACGUUGGGUUUAUGGCCGUGUUUAUCUGGUUCAAUAGACAUGAAAAGAGGGUUACAGACAAAUGUAAAUUGUAGUCAUGGGUUCCCUUCAAUGUUAUUAAGAUCGUAAUGUUAAACGGUUAGUUGGUUACAGUUGAUAGAUUUUUUGUUGCUGCAGUUCAGUAGUGUAUGAGGAGGUGAUUACUUUGUCUGAUGCUUUUUGCCUAGUAAUGAAGGUGAAGGUAGCCCCGAAGAUCUCCCGGCUGCGAUAUCGUAUAGCUUUGGUACAUUUCUAGAUUCUGUAAUGAGAACCUUCGUUCUUAGGUUCAAUUGAAAUUAUCGACUAUUUACCAGGUA